AUGACUAAAUGUGACAUCUGUAACAAAGGGAUAACCACAAAGGUACCCGGACUGGAAUGCAGAUCCUGUGGCAAGGUGGUUCAUGCUAGUAAAGCUUGCUCUGGUCUCAACGCGAAGCAACUAUCUGCGCUUCGUAAUGCGGACAGACUAGACUGGACAUGCGAAGAGUGCCAUCAGAAUACACCUAACAGAAAGUCAUCCUUCAUUAUUCCAGAAGAAGACGAUGAAGACAAUGAUGUCGCGGUCUCUGACAAUAGCUCCGGCAAUUGUAUGAUAGACACAGAGAAGUUUCUAAAAGAUAUAACAGCAGAAAUGAAAAAAGUUUUAAAGAAAGAACUUCAACCAAUCGAAGCAUCAGAAAAGGAAUUAGAAAAGAAGUACAACUACCUUCAUAACGAAAAAACCCAUCUUGAGCUUGAAAUGAGCUCACUGAAACAAUAUCUACGUAAUAUUGAACAACAGCGUUUAGACAAUGUGAUAGAAGUGAUAGGUAUUCCUAAAGCUAAAGAUGAAAACCUUGUAAAUAUAUCUCUCAAACUAGCUGAGACACUCAACAUGGACAGGACGCAAGUAGUGAAUAUUACUCGUGUAGAAGGUCGAAAUAACCAAGAUGGAAACAUCCAAGUACAGUUCAAACAUGCAGAAAAUGUAAGCUUAUGGGUGCGAGCCUCGAAAAAGGAAGCAGUAGUGGUAGAAAAAAUCAUCUCCGAGGCCCCCGUGGAAGUUGCUAAGAUGAAAGUGAGCAAACGACGCGCCCUGACCAAAGCCAAUAAGUCGUUAUUAUGGCUAGCACAACAAAAACUAAGACCGGCCUACAAAUACGUCUGGUUCCAAGAUGGAAAGGUGCUACUGCGUAAAGACGACAAAUCUAAGCCAAAGGUCGCGCGAAGCGAAGCUGACAUUGAGAAGCUCUCCGCACUAACGGAAAUAAUCGGCCAAAGUUCCAAGCGGUAA